AUGGUGAGAAGUCUGUCUUUGCUUCCAACGGUGAACACGUUCGAUCGUGCAACAGGUCCCCCUUCGCCCCUACUCCACCCCCCCCAACGGGCCUCUGGAUCCCCCGUUCUCCCCUGGCAGAUGGCAACCCACCUGGCGCCCAGGCUCGAUCCUCGCGCGUGUAUUUAUGAGGAAUCAAAGACCAGUCCAGGUCCACCGAUGCUUCUUCCGUCACAGGAAGAGGGACCUCUGGAUCUAAGUCUCUCAUCAGCAUCGUUCAAUUCUUCGGUUACAAAGCUGGAAGACGGCUUCAAAAGUUCGCCUUCGCCCCCUCCAAGCAUCCCUUUGUGGAAGUCUGCCAUAAGAGAAGAGGGCUGUUGUAGUGAAGACGUGGGGACGCCGCCUUUACUUUCACCGCCAUCGCUGGAGUCGCAGCAAACGGAUACGCCGUUUCCAGUCAAUCCGUCUUCUACGACCUUGUUGCAGCUCUACCAGAUGCUGACGUGCAUUCGGCUGUGGCGACCUGGUGCCACCGCACAACCAAUCAACGCCGAGUGCGACCUUCUCAGUCCAGGACUGCUAUCACUGGCACCAGCAAUGCCUCGACCCGGCAGUGCGCGCGAAGUUAUUGCUCCCAUGGACAUGAAGUGUGCAGGACUCACCCAAGCUGUACGCAAACCACUCCGGACGUCAGCAGCCCUGGAGAAGGGUCUCCAGCGCAAGCGGAGUCACCAUGGCGGCGGUACGCCCACGUACCUCUGUUCGCAUUGCGGUCGGGGCUUCACGAAGGCCUACAAUCGCACAAUUCAUGAGCGAACGCACACCAACGAACGUCCCUUUGAAUGCAACGUCUGCUCACGACGAUUCCGCAGAAAGGAUCAUCUUAGAGAUCACAGGUGCAAUCUGAUCUUGUCUCUACUUCAGUUCAAACACGAAAAAAAAACUUGUAAAAUUUACACGCACCUUCUAAAGAAACCCUUUUUGUGCCUUUUCUGCAAUCGCGGUUUUUGCCAGGCUCGAUCCCUAGAGAAUCACAAGAAAAACAACCACUUAGACCAAACAUCUGAUCCUCCCUCCUCCAACGAGCAGAAGCGACAGUAG